GUGUCUUCAGUGAAGAAAUCCUCUCGCGUUUGCUGCUUUUUUGUGUCUUUAAAUUAAAAGCUAAAAGCUAAGUGUCAAUAUAACGUUUAGAAAAUGAACAGAAUAUUCGGACGCGGAAAGCCCAAAGCGCCUCCUCCGAAUCUGUCGGACUGUAUUGGAAAUGUGGAUGCCAGGGCAGAGUCCAUAGAAAAGAAGAUUGGCAGACUAGAUGCUGAACUUAUGAAGUACAAGGACCAGCUGAAAAAGAUGAGAGAUGGGCCCUCGAAGAACAUGGUGAAACAGAAGGCGAUGAGAGUGUUGAAGCAGAAGAGAAUGUAUGAAGGUCAAAGGGAGCAGCUGGCUCAGCAGUCUUUUAACAUGGAGCAGGCAAACUACACAAUCCAGACGUUAAAGGACACAAAAACAACGGUGGAGGCCAUGAAGAUUGGUGCAAAGGAAAUGAAAAAGGCUUACAAGGACGUCAAACUUGAUCAGAUUGACGAUUUACAGGACCAGCUAGAGGACAUGAUGGAAGACGCCAACGAGGUACAAGAGGCCCUGAGCCGCAGCUACGGCACUCCAGAGAUCGACGAGGAUGAUCUUGAAGCAGAGCUGGACGCACUGGGUGACGAGCUGCUGCUUGAUGAUGACAGCUCCUACCUGGAUGAGGCCUCCGCUGCCCCAUCUAUUCCUGAGGGAAACCCCAGUGACAGCAAGACGAACAAGGAUGGCGUUUUGGUGGAUGAGUUUGGCCUCCCACAGAUUCCUGCCACAUAAACAAGGAAGGGAUUAAAACAACUGCACUUCGCCUGAAAACACUUUUAUAUGUAGAGUAACAUUUAUACAUGGAGAUGUGACCUGAGAACACUACAAUUUUGAAGCUGUCCUGGUGUUGGGUUGUGUAUCGUUACUACUACUGUGCUAGCAUGUGGCCUUUUUUAAAAGCAUUAUUCUUUUCCUUUUCUUUCCCUUCAGCCUCAUGUCUAAAACUUGUCAGUCUCGUCAGUAUUACCUAGUGUUAAUUUAUUUUUAUUUGUUACUAGUUUUGUGUGUUGUUUAGACAUCAUUUUAUUUGAGUUCUCAUAAGUGGAGAUGAUUCCCAGUCAGCCUGUUCAAAAUGUCUGCAGGUUAUUUGAAACAUGCAAAAUAAAUUUUAAUUUAACCUUGAA